UGAGCUGCAGUCCCAUCAUUCUGUGAGGAGAGGAGGAUCCCCCUGCGCACCCACAGCGGACGAGACAACGAGCGAUAAGAACAUAUAAAAAUAAUUCAAGUCGAGCUGUUUAUCUGCCACCAUGUCCGCUGGAGGAGACUUGGGGAACCCCCUGAGGAAAUUUAAACUUGUGUUUUUGGGAGAGCAGAGCGUGGGGAAAACAUCUCUCAUCACUAGAUUCAUGUAUGACAGUUUCGACAACACAUAUCAGGCGACCAUUGGAAUCGACUUCCUAUCGAAGACAAUGUACUUGGAGGACCGAACAGUAAGGCUGCAGCUGUGGGACACAGCUGGACAAGAGCGUUUCAGGAGCCUCAUUCCGAGCUACAUACGAGACUCAACAGUGGCUGUGGUUGUCUAUGACAUUACAAAUGUAAAUUCAUUCCAGCAGACCUGCAAAUGGAUUGAUGAUGUCAGGACAGAGAGAGGAAGUGAUGUCAUCAUCAUGCUAGUAGGCAACAAGACAGACCUAGAAGAGAAGAGGCAAAUCACAAUUGAGGAAGGAGAGCAGAGAGCCAAAGAACUGAACGUCAUGUUCAUCGAGACCAGUGCCAAGACAGGCUGCAAUGUCAAACAGCUGUUUCGUCGAGUUGCAGCAGCCCUACCUGGAAUGGAAAGCUUGGAUGAUGUGAAUCCUGAAGGCAUGAUUGACAUCAAGCUGGACAAACCAGCGGAGCCAGCUGUGCCCGAGGGCGGAUGCUCAUGUUAAUGCAGAGCUGCAUUUGGACAGCUCCCUUCACACCAUAGGCUUGUUGUGUUGCUUACUACUGGUUAGCUUCCAGUUGACUUCUCUAAUUGGAUAUAGGAUGUGGGCCUUGUAUCUGAUUGGACAAAUCAAAUGUUAUCUUUCAGUCUUGUUCAGUUGUAAAAUAUUGUAUACUUUGUCAAUAUGUAAGUGACUGGAGGAGAAAAGGGAAGAAAAAAAAAUUGUUUCAAUGAAAAUGAACAAAAAAAAAAAACAGUUUGGGAAAAA